UUGGUACCCUUGCUUAGUUAAUUGGGCAACGCAGAACUACACUACCCAGAGGGCCUUUUCGCGGCAUCCCGUUUUUUUUUCGCUUUCCAGACUACACUUCCCACCAUGCUUAUCGGGGCAACACAAAAGGCCGCAAGAAUUUGGACGGAAAGUGACUCCGAGAUGGGCAUCGGCGCUCCGGCGCUGCGGCUUAAAGCCGCCUCGGGAUUGAAAGUCUGCUAAAGCGGCGCGCCUCGCUUGGGCAUGGAGCCCGGUGAAGACUGGAUCAAGAGAGAAGGUAAUGAAGGGUCUCGCCAGUCCCCGAGGGAUGCCCUUCUGGUUGAUGUGGAACAGCCAACAAAAAAAUUAUCUGAGCAAAGUGAAGAUUUCCUGGAAUCUAAACCACUGAAAACUCUGAAGAAGGAUCUGGACAUGCAUCAGAAUCCUUUCACAGAAGACAUUUGUUUUGACUAUGAGAACAGCCCUCGGAAGAUAUAUCCAAAUGACCGGCUGUUUAAGUGUGACGUGUGCGAGAAAAGCUUCCGCCACAGUUCCAGCCUGUUAACCCACCGAAGGCUGCAUACUGGGGAGAAACCAUAUAAGUGCACUGACUGCGGGAAGAGCUUCAACACCAGCUCAGCGCUGAUUGUGCACCGCCGGACCCACACCGGAGAGAAGUCCUACAUCUGCUCAGACUGUGGGAGGUGUUUCAGCGAAGGUUCAGUGCUCAUCAAGCACUGGCGGAUCCAUACCGGGGAGAAGCCAUACAAAUGUGCCAUUUGCGGAAGGGGCUUCCGGCAGAGCUCCCAGCUGCGGGCCCACGAGCGGACUCACACGGGGGAAAAACCUUACGAGUGCCAGGACUGUGGGAAAUGCUUCAGCACCAGCUCUAACCUCUCGGCCCAUCAGCGGACCCACACGGGGGAAAAACCAUACAUCUGUCCUGAGUGCGAUCGACGGUUUGGUCACAAGUCGCAUCUCGUCUCCCAUCAGAAGACGCACACCGAGAAGCUGCACGCUUGCUCUGACUGCCCAGCAACCUUCCGCAUGCUCCAUCAGCUUCUGGUCCAUCGCAAGUCCCACCAGGAAGAGAGGCGGUACAAAUGCCUCCUGUGUGGGAAGACUUUUAGCUACAGCUCAGCCCUCUUGGCACAUCAGAGGAUGCACACCGGGGACCGGCCAUUCAACUGCCUGGAGUGUGGGAGGAGUUUUGUCCGGAAUUCAGACUUGAACAAACACCAGAGGAUCCACACAGGGGAGAAACCCUAUGAGUGUCCAGAGUGUGGGAAGAGAUUUAACCAAAGCUCCCACCUGGUUAGCCAUCGGAGAGUCCACAUGAAAAGCGCUGCAAAGAAUCCUGACACAGAUGUCCCUGCUCCAAGGGGACAACAAAUAGUGUCUUCCCGAUGAACUCUUUUGCAAUAUUUCUUUGUUGAAAAUCUACAUCAGAGGUCUCCAAACUUGGCAACUUUAAGACUUGUGGACUUCAAAUCCCAGAAUUCCCCAGCCAGUAUGGAGAAUUCUGGGAGUUGAAGUCCACAAGUCUUAAAAGUUGUCAAGUUUGGAGACUCCUGGUCUACAUUAUGAAGGCUGCGAUUUUGUGCUUCUUACAGGAGAGUAAAAUCUCAUCCCAUCCUUUGGGACUUCAUUGAUUACAGGUAAUAAACCUGUAAGACUGUUGCAGGUUUUUACGCCACGCAUGAAAACAAAAGAAAAUUCCGCUCCAAGAGAUUUCAAAUGAUUCAUUAAAUGACAAUAGGUUACAUGGCCAGGAUGUCUAAUGGAAGUUAAGGUAUACAUUAGUUGAUGUAAUUGGAGCUGUUUUUGUAGAAAGAGCAAAAACAGCUGCAAGACCAAGAUACUAUUAUCUGGCUAUUGUUUAGCCCUCUUCUGACUUCUAUUUGUCUUAUGAAGCACAUUUUUAAGCUUAUUGCAACAAUGAGAAUUUAUAAACUUGUGAUAUUGUUGCUGUUUAAUCAAGUUAUAUUCUUGAGCUGCUAAAAUCUACAGGUGAAGCUAAAGUUUAAAGACAACAUACUUUCCUUGAAGUGGGAAAGAAGAGCUUUAAUUGUUUUUUGCCUACCAAAGGUACAGAGAAAUAAUUUGAACUGAUAUCCACCUAUUUUCUAUAGAUCACAUACAAAUGUACUAUCAGCUAUCUACUUUCAAAAGAAAUAGAACUCCAGCUGGCUUUUAAUAACAACAUUCCAUUUACCACAUUCCCCUCGUCUUAAUAAAACUUUAAAGCUGAAAAAUAGUCUUAAAGGAAAGUUAUUGUAUUUUUAACUAAAUGUAUGAGUGCCCUGAUUUUUGUUACUCCUUUAUCAAAUACAGUGGCUGAAUUCAUUGCUACUUACUUCUAUGAGAUGUAGUAAUUAUUACAGAAGUUGAUCAGUUAUGAAUAAUUCCCAUGAAUAAAUCCGGAUGGCUGCACUACAUUCUGGAUGGCUUACUUAAAAAUUGUGGCAUCUGAAUUUUCAUGUGUGAAACAUACAUAUCUCAAAGACCUCCAUGGCUUCAGUCAUCAAUUUUGCCUUUUGAACUUGUAAACCUCACCACCACUGUGGAAAUACAGGCUACAUGGGUUUAAAAUUGUAGACUUAUUCCAGGGUCCUAGUUUACUCAAAAGUUCUUGCCAUUUAGUCUUAAGUACUGGUUGACUUCAAUCUUUUUAUUAGAGUUCCAUAAUUAUUUUUGCUCUGUGACAACUGAGAGCUGUUUUGUUUCUUAAUCUUGACUUCAUUUUGCCAGCAGAAGUUUUUACUACAUACACUUCCAUGACUGCUUCUUGUUCUUGAUAAAGUAGAUAUCUGAAAUAAUGAGUAUAUGCUGCAAUAAAUAUGUUAGUCUUUAAACUGCAAAAGAUGGCUAGGCCCAAUUAAGUAUCCAUUGGAUCAGAGUUUUAGUUAAAUGGUGUUUUUCUUGACAAUAGUCAAGACUGGAGAGCCUUUACAAUGCAUUAAAAUAACCACACAUACAAGGAGAAUGCUGUUUUGAAUAUAUGUUUAUGAUUUUACCUCAUGGAUUAAAUUAUCUGUUGCAAAAUCCAAAACUUACUCUAUUGCACUGUAUUUUGCACUUAAGAUAGAUCAGCCUUUCUUACUCAUUACUUGAUGUAUGAAACCAGUGACGAUGCAUCUGAAUUUUUAUUGGUCUUAUAGAAGACCCUCUUUAGAAAGAGAUGUUGCAAUAUAUAAACUGCAGUACACAAUAUUUCUUCCCUUCCUCCUCCAUUUUCUGUUCCAUGUUUUUAGAUCAAGGCAAUACAAAAAUAGUCAUUCAAAUAAUAGUGAAUCAACACUGCAAAAUGAAGCACAAGUAGCUGUUUUGAAGCAAUUUGGUGUUAUUCACAGUAGUGACAUGGAUUUUUGUUUUAAAGUAAGUAUGUCUGUGUGCCAGAUUAGUUUACAAAAAAUGUUAAACUUUGCAACCAGAAAACUCCCAUCAGCUGUAUGGCAGUACAGCCCGAAUAUAUGCAUUGUGCAAUGGA